UUUGUAACUAGACAGUAAAGUCACUGUGCUUGGAAACAGACAUCACAUUUAUUCAUUUAUAUUUCUAUAUCACGUGUUGUUCUGGAACAUUGGCCAUGCGCAGUAGCUAGAACAGUUAUGCAACUGUCUUGUUCUUGCAUUGGUAGAACUAACUGUACACCACAAAACCCCGACUGUUUGAUUCACACUUGGAGAGACCACCGGUGGAAUUAAACGAUCCUGUCAACGGUAAUGACAUAAGAGACACAUCCUUGACAGCACAUUACAGGCCCUGUUUUUGAACAUGACCAAGAACUCCAUCCACUGGUUCCGGAAGGGACUGCGUCUCCACGACAACCCGGCCCUGCUGGAGGCUGUGCGUGAUUCAGACACGGUGCGCUGUGUAUACUUCCUAGACCCCUGGUUCGCUGGCUCCUCCAACCUGGGGGUCAACCGGUGGAGGUUCCUGCUGCAGUGUCUGGAAGAUCUAGACGCAAGCCUUCGGAAGCUCAACUCCCGUCUGUUUGUGAUCCGAGGCCAGCCGGCCAACAUCUUCCCCCGACUCUUUAAGGACUGGAACACCUCCCAGCUGACGUUUGAGUGUGACUCUGAGCCGUUCGGUAAGGAGCGGGAUGCAGCCAUUAAGAAACUGGCCACAGAGGCCGGAGUGGAGGUCAUCAGCAGGAUCUCACACACUCUCUACGACCUGGACAAGAUCAUAGAGCUGAACGGGGGUCAUCCUCCUCUCACCUUCAAGCAUUUCCAGACAUUGGUUGGCUCCAUGCUGCCCCCCGAUGCCCCAGUAGGGGCUCUGUCCCGGGCCAGCAUGGGUCGAUGUGUCACCCCUGUCUCAGACAACCACAGGGACAAGUACGGAGUACCCCUAUUGGAGGAGCUGGGCUUUGAUGCAGAGGGCUUAGCCCCAGCCGUGUGGCCAGGAGGAGAGAGUGAAGCUCUCACCAGGAUAGAGAGACAACUGGGACCUGACCUCUCCACUGCGUGGCAGGUGAAUUUUGAGAGUACCAGGAAGACCGCCAGCCCCCUGCUACCCAGUCCUCUAGGUCUCAGCCCCUACCUCCGCUUUGGAUGUCUGUCCUGUCGACUUUUCUACAGCAAACUGGCAGAGCUCUACAAGAAGGUGAAGACGAACGGCAGUCCCCCCAUCUCUCUCUACGACAAGCUGCUGUGGCGUGAGUUCUUCUACAUGGCCGCCACCAACAACCCCCGCUUCGACAAAAUGGACGGGAACCCCAUCUGUAUCCGCAUCUCCUGGGACCGCAACGCCGAGGCGCUGGCCAAGUGGGCCGAAGCCAAGACUGGCUUCCCCUGGAUCGACGCCAUCAUGACUCAGCUGAGGCAGGAAGGCUGGAUCCACCACCUGGCCAGACACGCUGUGGCCUGCUUCCUGACCAGAGGAGACCUGUGGAUCAGCUGGGAGGAGGGCAUGAAGGUGUUUGAGGAGCUGCUCCUGGAUGCAGACUGGAGUGUGAACGCAGGCAGCUGGUUGUGUCACUCCUGCAGUUCCUUCUUCCAGCAGUUCUUCCACUGCUACUGUCCCGUGGGCUUUGGACGAAAAAUAGAUCCCGAAGGAGACUUCGUUAGACACUACCUACCUGUCCUGAAAGACAUGCCAGACAAGUACAUCUAUGACCCUUGGAACGCCCCUAUAGAGGUGCAGCGGGCGGCCAAAUGUGUGGUCGGGGUGGACUACCCCAAACCCAUGGUGAACCAUGCAGAGGCCAGCCGACUCAACAUAGAGAGGAUGAGACAAAUGUACCAGCAACUGUCCAGAUACAGAGGACUCAGCUUACUAGCAGCUGUGCCGACCAGUCCCAUUGAGGAUCUGAAUGCGGUGGCAUCGCCCUCUACUGGUAGAAAACACAGCGGGCUCAACAGCCAUCAUGGCCUUAGUAGAGUAAAUGUGAACGGUGAGGAGCUGCUGGGACUCAGUGGAGUGAAGCCACGACCUGGACCAACAUGCACUCAGAGCUGUGGAAUGGCGCACGCAGAGCAGGCAGGAUCGUCCAAUCAGCAACUCUGUCGGACAAGAUGUGCCCAUGAGUUUGCUGUGCCUCACUAUCCAGGUCAUUUGACACGGGGCGGGACUGGGAAGAGGGGGCGGGAGUCGGAACAGGAAGUGGGCAGCGACUUUCCGGCCCCUGCCUUCAAGGUGCAGCGACAUCACCAACAUAAGAGUACGGGUCGACAGGAUGAGAGGAUGGCUGUGUCUUCAUAAGCUGCUGCCAUCAUAGAUAGAUAUUAUUUUGUAUGAUAUAUACUGUACAGAGAUGUUUAAAGACACAUUUUUAUUUUUUGUAUAAAAAGGGAAAAUUCUCUAUGCGAUGUCACAUGAAAGUCCCUGAGACGUCUUAGGUUUAAUAAUAAUAAUAAUAAUAAUAUAUGCCAUUUAGCAGACGCUUUUAUCCAAAGCGACUUACAGUCAUGUGUGCAUACAUUCUACGAUAACAACAUUAGACCAUUAGACCAUAACAACAUUAGA